AUGGGAUUGCUUAGAGAAAAUUUAGUUGAGGACAUAGUUGAUGGUACACAGCUUGAGAGGAGUCAAACUAGAGCUGUACCAAGAAGGCCAAAGCAGAGUGCUAGAAGGGGUGGUGUUGUUUGUCGAGUAUCCACUAGUGCUAAUAGCAGUGGUAGUGGAUCUACUGGAAGUGCUAAUGCUAAUGCUAUUGCAUCUAGUAGAGGUAAAGCUAGUGCUAAUGCUAAUGUUGUAGUCUUCAGUGGAAAAGCUACAAGUACAGGUUUAGCCACCACUAAGGGUUGGAAGAAGACUUCUGAUGUGCAACGGGCAAGUAGUAGUAGAUUGAGAUCAACUCCUAAUGAUUUGAAAGCAGUUAGCCAAAGUGUUGCACAAUCAGAGGAACCUGUGCAUAGUUCAGGUCCAUCCUCAGGUCCAUCCAGUAGUAAUGAAGAUUGGAGAAACCAAAGUGGUGAUGAUGAUAAGCCAAGUGAUGAUGAAACUGAAAUGGAUAACAGUGAAGGUGAUGCAGUUGAUCUUGAAAACAAGAGUGAUAGAAAUACUGAGAAGAGUUUUGAUAAUAUAUUUCCCAGUGAAUUUGAAGAUGCUGUUUCUAAUGAUUCUAGGAGAGUAACUUUGGAAAAAGGACAAAUUUUUAAAGAUGUGUAUCACUUCAGGUCUGUCCUACAGGACUUUGUGAUUCAAGAGGAAUUUGAGAGGUUGUUUGUGAAAAAUGAAAGCUAUAAAGUCAGUGCUGUAUAUAAAGCAAUUGGAUGUACUUGGAGAGUGUAUGCUUCCCAUGUUUCAAUGACCAACACUGCUGACAAGACUUUUAUGAUAAAGUCUUAUAUUCCAACACAUACAUGCAUCAGGAGAACAAAACACAAGAGUGUUACAUCAAAAUGGAUAGCAGAAAAAUUUGCAAAUCAGGUUAAGACUGAUCCAAACAUAAAUGUGAAGGCAAUGAAGGCAGUUUUGGGUUCAACAGGAAUUCAAGUCUCUUAUAUGAAGAUGUACAGGACACGCAACAUUGCUGUAGAAAUUAAUCAAGGUAACUUUGCACAGUCAUAUGCACUGUUACCUGAGUAUGCUGAUUUGGUCUUAAAGAACAUGCCUGGUAGUAUAGUCAGGCUACAUUAUAAUGAUAAGCAAGACAUGUCACAACCUCCAGUGUUUAAAAGGUUGUUUGUAUCAUUUCAUGCAUGCACUGAAGGUUUCAAGAAGGGAUGCAGACCAUUCAUUGGUAUUGAUGGAUGUUAUCUCAAGGGAAAGUAUGACGGUGUACUACUGUCAGCCAUAUCUGUUGAUGGGAAUAAUGCCUUGUUUUCCAUUGCAUUUGGAAUAGUAGAAGUAGAAUGCAAAGACAGUUGGCUCUUUUUCCUUGAAUGGUUACAUGAGGGACUUGGAGAUGCUAGUCAUGAUCAAUCUCUGACUUUCAUGUCAGACAAACAGAAGGGACUAUCUGAUGCAAUUGGUAUGAUCUUCCCAUAUGCUCAACAGAGAUGUUGCAGCAGACAUCUAUAUCAAAAUUUCAAAAAACUUUUUCCUGGUCCAGUUUUGAAGCAGUAUUUUUUGUCAGCAUCAAGAGCCUAUACUGCCAUCCAGUUUGAAAGAGAGAUGAAGUUGAUUAGAGAGCUUAACAAUGAAGCCUAUCAGUGGUUGAUUAAGAAUCCCUUAAGCAUGUGGGCAAGGCAUGCAUUUGAUGAUAGAGCAAAGAGUGACCCUGUCACUAAUAACUUGUCUGAAUCUUUCAACCAAUGGAUAGCAGACUUAAGGCACAUGCCUAUUCUUACCUUAGUUGACUAA